CUGACACUUCACAAACUCCGUGUGUCGUGCCAGAGGAACUAUUAACUGGACUCCAGACAUGGUAGAGGAGAGGAUGGGGAACUGUUGGAGCUACACCAAGGAUCAGUUUGACAACUUGGAGAAGCAUACACAGUGGGGGAUCGAGUUUGUGGAGAAGUACACCAAAUUUGUCAAGGAGCGAUCAGAGAUUGAAACCAGCUAUGCAAAACAAAUUAGGAAUUUAUCAAAGAAGUAUCAACCCAAGAAGAACUCGCGAGAAGAGGAGGAGAGCAAGUACACUUUCUGUCGAGCCUUCCUGACGUCGCUUAACGAGUUAAACGACUAUGCAGGUCAACACGAAGUUAUAGCGGAGAAUUUAACAUCACAGAUCAUCUCUGAGCUUUCACGCUACCUGCAGGAACUCAAGGCAGAGAGAAAAUCGCACUUCCAUGAUGGACGUAAGGCACAGCAGCACAUCGAGAGCUCGUGGAAACAGCUGGAAUCGUGUAAAAGACGAUUUGAGAGGGACUGUAAAGAGGCGGACCGAGCACAGCAAUACUUUGAGAAGAUGGACGCUGACAUUAACGUGACUAAGGCUGAUGUGGAAAAGGCACGACAGCAAGCUCAGAUGAGACACCAGAUGGCUGCUGACAGUAAGGGCGAUUACUCCUCCUACCUGCAAAAGUUCAACCAGGAGCAGAAUGACCAUUACUACACAAUUAUCCCCAACAUAUUCCAGAAACUUCAAGACAUGGAGGAGAAACGGAUUGAGAGGAUAGGACUGUGCAUGAAGACGUUUGCAGACGUGGACCGCCAGGUGCUGCCCAUCGUCGGGAAAUGUUUGGAUGAAAUGACGAAAGCCGCCGAGUCCAUCGAGCCCAAAACUGACUCCAAACAGGUGGUGGAGUCCUAUAAGUCUGGGUUCGAGCCCCCGGGUGAUGUGGAAUUUGAGGACUACGGUCAGCCCAUGAAGAGGACGGCGUCUGACACCAGCCUGUCCAGCCCCAGAGAGGGCAAGGAGAAGCCUGCUGGCAAGACCAAGGGCAAACUGUGGCCUUUCAUUAAGAACAAGAACAAGCUUAUGUCCCUGUUAACAUCCCCCCACCAGCCCCCACCUGCCCCCCCAGCCUCAUCCCCGCCCUCACCCUCUGCUGUUCCCAACGACCCCCAGUCUCCCAAGCAGCACAAGGAGCCCCUCUCCCACCGCCUCAACGACUUCAUGACCUCCAAACCCAAAAUGCACUGCCUCCGGAGCCUGAGGCGAGGGAUCACACUCAAUUCCCACGUCCGGAAUCUCAUUGAGGGUUCUGGACCAGAGGACUUCAGCCACCUGCCACCGGAGCAGAGGAGGAAGAAGCUGCAGGGCAAGAUAGAUGAAUUAAAUAAAGACAUUCAAAAAGAGAUGGACCAGAGGGACGCUCUAACUAAGAUGAAAGACGUGUACGUGAAGAACCCUCAGAUGGGAGACCCUACCAGCGUAGACCCCCGACUAUUAGAAAUAGGCCAGAACAUCGAGAAGCUCCAGUUUGAAGUGCAGAAAUUUGAGGGCUGGUUAGCAGAGGUGGAGGAGAGGAUGCCAUCCAAGAGCGACACACACCGGAGAAGCGGGAUAUAUGAGACCCAGAACAACACAACAGUGAGCAACAACUGUGCACAAGACAGAGAGAGCCCGGAUGGCAGCUACACAGAGGAGCAGAAUUCAGAGACUCAGGUCAAAGCCAACACCCACCCCAUCCCCACCUCCUCCACGCCGGAGUUUGACGACGAGUUUGACGACGAGGAGACCUUGCCCACCAUCGGCACCUGCAAAGCCUUGUAUCCCUUUGAAGGUCAUAACGAGGGCACUAUCUCCGUGGCGGAGGGCGAGCUGUUGUACGUCAUAGAGGAAGACAAAGGAGACGGGUGGACGCGAGUGCGCAGGAACGAGGACGAGGAGGGAUACGUCCCAACAUCCUACGUCGAGGUCUUUUUGGAAACAAAUGCCAAAGAUUCCUAAAAGUGUGAGGCUGGCGGAGGAAUGGCAGGGCAAGCAGCCUCGGAGAAAACCACCAUGUUCCUCACACGCUCACAGAGUCAGAGAGAAAAAGCGAACGGUGACCUGAAUCUAAAAGAGAGAGACGUCCGAUAGUAACGCAUCUCAAUUUCCAAACCGUUAUAAAGAAAAUACAAAAAAAGAAAAAAACUAUAAAAGAAAAAACUUAUCCGCAGUGUUGCGCUUCCUCUGCAGAACUCUGCAGUGUGAAGCAAGGAUGAGAGAAAUUCAUCUAAAUUUUAGCGCUCAUAACCUUCUCCAUUCUUAACACCCAUUCAGCAGUCACAACCACAGUAUACAAUUUGCUUUUUGUUGUUUUCAGCAAAGCUUUGCUUCUUAAUGGAACUAACUCCGCUUGCACCACGCGCGGUCAUGAAAGUGGCUUCUGGCUUCCUUGCUCUGAAC